AGCGAUGCUUCAGAAGGCGGCCGAACACAUCCGGCAGCUCAAGAGUGACCGACACCAGCAACAGGAGGAAUACGAUCUGCUCAUCCAACAGGUCGAUAGCCUCAACCAAACCAUUGGUAUAUUAAAGGGCUUUUGUUUGCGAAAUAGUGUUAUCCAGAGCCAAAUGCCGGCGACUGGCGUUCCCGUAUCGUCUCAACGCUCGACUCAGACUCAAGAACUCUAUGAGAAUUAUAUUCGCGAAAGAACUUUACAAAACUGGAAGUUCUGGAUCUUUAAUAUCAUAAUGAAAUCGCUUUGGGAAUCAUAUAACCAGACGGUCACCACUUCUAAUAUGGAUGAGAUGUCCAAAACAAUACAUCGUUGGAUCGAACAUAACUGCUGUCUAAUACAAUUGAGAAAAGAUGUGUUGAAUUCUUUACGCUUUCUGAGCACUUCCACAAACAUAUUGACU